AUGGCGGAUUUGGGGGGCCAGCGUAGCCGGAAUUACCGGCCUCACGGACCCGCCUCGUCCACGCAGCGGGAUGCAGCAUAUUCUGACAUAUUCGGGGGCGCCCCACCAGCAGGGCGCUCCCACACUAUGGGGUCGCAGACUCCUCAGUUCUAUCAAGGUCGCGCUCACACGAUGUCAUCGCAUGUUGCACAACCCCAAUUCCACAGACAGCCGCCGCCGCCUACACGGCAAAUGCCCAACGGACACGGGCCGCCCUCGGCACCACCAAAUGGAUAUCCUCCACCUCCACCGUCAGGCCAAUAUCAAGCUUAUAAUCCAGGGCUCGCGGCGACCAUGUCUUCACACCUGCCCCCUCGGCCCGCUCCUGGAGGUCAACAGCGCUUCGCUGCUUACCCUCGACCUCAACGCCUCGAGUCGAGACCAAGCCCUGCACCGCAAUACCCAGACGUUAGGGACUUUAAUCGCCCGAUGCCGCCUCCUGCACUCAACUCCGAUUCAACCCGUUCAAGGUCAAUGGCGAAACUAAGCGGGCCACCUUAUCAGACCCCGCCAAGUAACUUCAAUCAUACCUCUGCCACUGCAUCGCGCCGCGAACCGUAUCAGUCCGGUGCUCACGUCACUCAGCUUGGACGUCCAGUUCCCGAAAAACAUGCUAACGAACGAGCUAUGUCUAUGACUUCCUGGUCAUCGGACCGGGAUCCGCACAUAAUGAGCAGCGGAAGGUCAAUUCCACACCGCAGACCUCCAUCAGGUCACGAUCCCCAGCCUCCAAUGAGGUAUGACUCGAUGAUGCAGCCCGGUCUGGCGCACCCCGGUCCCGACGAAUUUGUCGCAUCCCGUCAGCCGAGUGAUGCAUCGCAAAGAUCUCGGACUAUGUCAAUGGCAUCCACUACUGUGCCUGAUCGGACGAUGAGUGUUCAAAGUCAAGCUACACAGGCCUCCUCCGGGAAACAAACUCUUGUUGCGAGAAAUUCACAGCGCAAAGUUCCGGUUGUAUAUCCUGCUCUGCUUUCACUUGUCGCUGAAGUCUUCAGGGAAAAGAUUUCACUCGGCGAACGACAGAAAAACGGUCUUUCCUACCAGAAUGCAUUCUCGGGUACCGAUUCGGUGGACUUGAUUGCCUCCAUCAUCCGAACCAAUGACCGCAACCUUGCUCUUCUGCUAGGCCGCGCGCUGGAUGCGCAGAAGUUCUUCCACGACGUCACGUACGAUCACCGUCUUCGAGACGCACCUGGAGAAGUUUAUCAGUUCAAGGAGACAAUGGGAGAGGACAAGUCGACCAUUGAGGUUAAUGGAGUGUUUACUCUUUUGACUGAAUGCUACUCUCCGACUUGCAACAGGGACACCCUUUGUUAUUCCAUUGCUUGCCCGCGGCGACUCGAGCAGCAAGCCAGGUUGAAUCUAAAACCCCAGCCAGUUCUAGGGACAUCCGAAUCGAAAACCACGCUACCGCCGGAUGACGACGACGACAACGAUAACCAAAAGCUGUGGAUCAGUACGGUGCCAAAGGAGGUCUCAGAUUCUGUCGACGAUCAUGAGAAGAAACGACAAGAGAUCAUCUUCGAGGUUAUGUACACGGAGCGCGAUUUUGUCAAGGACCUGGAAUAUUUACGUGAUUUCUGGAUGCGACCAUUACGUGCUGCUGGACCUACCAGUCACUCGCCAAUUCCGGAACAUCGCCGUGAGAAGUUCAUCCGAACCGUGUUCGGCAACUGCUUAGAAGUCCUGAAGGUCAACAGCGCUCUGUGUGAAGCGUUGAACGCUCGCCAGAAAGAGAGUCAGGUCGUCCAAACCAUUGGUGACAUUUUCUGUCAGCAUGUCCCCAAUUUUGACCCCUUCAUCAAAUAUGGUGCCAAUCAACUUUACGGAAAAUACGAAUUUGAGAAAGAGAAGGCAUCAAAUCCGGCCUUCGCCAAAUUCGUGGAAGACACGGAGCGGCUCAAGGAAUCUCGAAAGCUGGAGCUGAACGGCUACUUAACAAAGCCCACAACUCGACUUGCGCGAUACCCCCUUCUUCUUGAGGGCGUUUACAAGAACACAGCGGAUGGCAAUCCUGACAAAGAAGAUAUCCCGAAGGCUAUUAAGCUGAUCAAGAAUUUCCUUUCGCGUGUCAAUACCGAAAGUGGAAAAGCAGAGAACCACUUCAACUUGGUUCAGCUGAAUGCUGCGCUGAAGUUCAAUUCUGCGGACUAUGUUGAUCUGAAGCUUACAGAGGAAAAUCGGCAAAUGCUCAUGAAGAUGUCAUUCAAGAAAGGCACAGCUGACAGCUCCGACGUCACUGCAUACCUCUUCGAUCACGCCGUCCUGCUGGUUCGCGUCAAAAUCGUGAAUAAGCGUGAGGAAUCUCGAGUCUACAGGAAACCAAUUCCUCUAGAGCUGUUGGUAAUCGCUCAAAUGGACGAGGUGAUCCCACGGCUGGGUAUUGCCAAAAGACCCUCGUCUAGCCUUCUGUCGAACAAAGCUGUCAUCAACAACCCUCCUCCUGCCAAAGACGGUGGGCUGCCGAUCACCUUCAGGCAUCUUGGCAAAGGCGGUUAUGAGCAGACCCUCUAUGCCUCAAGUGCUGCCACACGCCGCAAAUUUAUUGAGGCAGUAGAAGCACAACAACACAAACUCUGGGAGCGGAAUAGCAAUUUCUAUAACAAGACGAUUUUGAGUGAAGGUUUCUUCGCCGCGGUCAAUCGGAUCAACUGUCUUGUUCCCAUUGAUGGAGGUCGGAAGUUAGUCUACGGAACGGAUAAUGGCAUCUUUGUUUCUGAGCGCUGGCCCAAAGACAAAACAGCCAAACCAAAGAAGGUUCUAGAGGCUACUCAAGUCACGCAGAUUGAUACUCUAGAGGAGUACCAGCUGCUGUUGGUUCUGGCAAACAAAACGCUUUCCUCCUAUCCGAUGGAUGCUCUGGACAUCACAGAGGGCCAGAACACCAUGGCCAAGCGUCCCAAGAAGAUUCAGGGUCAUGCCAACUUCUUCAAGGCAGGCAUCGGUCUCGGUCGCCAUCUGGUUUGUUCGGUGAAGACAUCGGCGCUUUCAAGUACAAUCAAGGUCUACGAGCCGAUGGAUAACCUUGCAAAGGGCAAGAAGAAGUCUGCUGUCAGCAAAAUGUUCCAGGGUGGCCAGGAUACUCUCAAGCCAUUCAAGGAAUACUACAUCCCAGCCGAGUCUUCUUCCAUUCACUUCCUGCGUUCUACCCUGUGCGUUGGUUGUGCACGUGGCUUUGAAGUGGUCAGUCUCGAAACUACAGAGACGCAGUCUCUUCUCGACCAGGCCGACACAUCUUUGGAUUUCGUGGCACGGAAAGAGAAUGUCAAGCCUAUUCAUAUCGAGCGUAUGAACGGCGAAUUCCUACUCAACUACAGCGAUUUCUCAUUCUUCGUUAACCGCAACGGAUGGCGAGCCCGUCCUGACUGGAAGAUCGCCUGGGAGGGCAACCCGAAUGCAUUCGCUCUGUCAUAUCCUUACAUCCUCGCGUUUGAGCCCAACUUUGUUGAGAUUCGACACGUUGAGACAAGUGAAUUAACGCACCUUAUGACCGGCAAGAACAUUCGCAUGCUACAUAGUUCCACUCGCGAGAUUAUCUAUGCCUAUGAAGACGAGCAAGGCUAUGACACUGUUGCCAGCUUAGAUUUCUGGACCAACAAGCCACAGCAACAGCAGGUCCUCUAA